UCAGACAGGAUAAUUCGAAAUGAGUUACCUUCUACAUUUUCUUUCAAUUGUUACGAGGAAUACUAUCAAGUAGAAGAACAGGUUUCCAACGCAUCAACGUUCUCUUUGUUAAUUGAUUUUUCUUAUUUCAACUUUUGUAUCGCUCUCUAAAGGUUUUUGCUUCAGUCUCUUAAAAAACAAGUUACUUUUUUCGAAGUUGUUGUUCUGUCAAUUCUGUUAAAAAAUACGAAUUGGUGUCAAAGAAACCAACAUGGAAGAUCAACAGAGCAAUCUUCGUUCUUCCGACCCAUACUCGGGAAGAAGGAAGAUUCCUACCAUCCCUCGGUUUUUUCGUGAGCGAAAGGAACGCGCGGAACGGAAAGCUAAAAAGAAACAAGCCGAAGCUGAGCCAGAAGAGACUUUUGACCCAAUAACACAACGCAAUGUCACUGUUCAAGACAUCAACUACGAUUACAAGGCUGCAUGUGAGAAUCCCAAGCUUGUUGUGCCCCAGCAGAACGAGAUAACUCAAAAUGGUCUUCCGCGUCAACAACCUUACAUAUCUUCAACUCAGCCGUUGACAACUUACAAGCAACGUCAAGAUGAUCUUGCUCCUCCAGAAGCAUUACACCAAUACACACGCGAUGUGCCUAUCAACGAUGAAAAAACAAAUAUCUUGUUCUACCCCACGCCCUCAGUUAACUUGAGAUUUAUCUCUGAUGAAUUGAGGAGGAAGACAAACAGAUACACGUUUGUGUGUUUCAUUGUGGCCGUCCUCAUUACUUGGUGGUCGACUAGGUCCCGGUUUGCUUCAAUUGUUACGCCAUUGAUUAUGUCAUGUGCGUUUUACAUGUGGGUGCAAUAUGUUCAGCAACUCGGUGAACAAGUGCAAUGGGGUUCCGAACAGGCGCGUGGUGAGUUCUCUCGUUUUAACCUUAUUCCCGAAAGUGCCGAAUGGAUGAAUGUGUUGUUGGAAUCGGUUUGGACUCUCGUGAACCCGGAACUAUUUUCAUCCUUUGCUGAUCAAAUUGAGGAUGUCAUGCAAGCCUCUGUGCCAUCGUUUAUUGAGAAUAUCCGAAUUGCUGCGUUAAGCCAGGGAGAAAACCCAAUUCGCAUUGUCUCCAUACGUGCUCUUCCUUCAGAUGAGUACGAAAAGUCCAUGUCAGAUGGUGAUGCCAAUGCUGCAAAGGCUAGGGAGCUUUGCGAAGAGAAUGUACCUGGCUCGCGUUAUUACAACUUAGAGCUUUGUGUCGCUUAUCACGCUAAACCGAAAUCCGAUGGAAAUUUUGCUAAGAGAGCAUCUAACAUGCACAUUGAGAUUAUAUUUUAUCCAGGUGUCAGAGGUACGCUUCGUUUCCCUCUUCCCAUUUGGGCAGAGAUUAAGGGUUUUGUUACGCGCCUUAGACUUCGCAUACAACUGGUUCCUCAAGUUCCAUUUGUGAAGAACAUCACAAUGUCUUUGAUGGGCCUUCCUCAACUUGACAUUUCAGCUGUGCCCAUGGUUGAAAAUGGACUUAAUGUUUUGGGGCUACCUGUAAUUAGUAAUUUCGUGAACAACUCGAUUGCAGCUGCUGCGAAUGAGUAUGUUUGUCCUAAGAAUAUCACGAUUGAUGUUUCAAAGAUCAUCGUCGGUGACGAUGUCAAAAAGGAAACCAAUGCUCUUGGAAUUUUGUUUAUCCAUAUUGAUCGUGCUGAAGGACUAUCAAAACAGGAUGUUAAUGGAUUAUCUGAUGCUUACAUUACGGUUACACUAUCGAAAUACGGAAAGCCACUUUACUGUACCCGCGUAGUGAAGCAUGACCUUUAUCCAACUUGGAACGAAUUUGCGUACAUUUUAAUUUUCCCUGAACAUAUAAAGGCCGCUGAAAAAGUUGCAAUGGAACUUUGGGAUAGUGACAGGUUCACUGCUGAUGAUGUUGUUGGAAGGACGAAGCUGGAUAUUAUUCCUCUGGUUCAAAACGCCGGUACUAUUUACGAACGUGAAGAUGGUUUGGUGGGUCUUGACGAGGACACUAAACUACCUGGCAAGUUGUUCUGGAAGGUUGGUUACAUUCCAAAAGCAAACUUCAAGUCCUCCCUUCGGACUAAAGGCCUUAAUAUCAGUGUCCCUCGUGAACUUCGUCAGCAGCCGGAAUUUGAAAACCCUAAGGGUUCUUUAAGCUCAAAGGAAGAGGAAGCUGCAGUUACUACUGCUUUAGACCCGGAGUACCCAAGUGGAAUUUUUGCAUUUACUCUUCAUCAAGCAGCCAAUUUGGAGGUAAAUAGGCCUGUUGCAACUUAUGGUAAGAUUAAGGGUGCGCAUUCUUAUGAGGCACCCCGUGAAACAGGUGCAGCAACCGCUGAAGAGGGUAAAGGACUGCCUUCGUCUUAUGUUUGUGUUGAUAUAAAUGACGAGCUGGUCUACAAAACACGGACAAAAGUAUUCUCUUCACAACCUAUUUAUAAUGCUGGAAGUGAAAAGUUUGUUGCCGAUUGGCGCAGCGCCAUGAUUACAUUCACUGUACGCGAGUAUCGCCUACGUGAGCAAGAUCCCAUUCUGGGUGUCGUAUGCAUUCCGCUUGCAAAAACUUUAGAAACGGCGUCGCAACUUACCAAAUGGUUUCCGAUUGAGGGCGGAAUGGGUUUUGGAAAUUUACGAGUGUCUAUUUUGUUUAGAAGCUUGAAGUUUCAAAUUCCUCGUCCAUUAUAUGGUUGGAAUAUCGGAACCUUUGUUUUUGAAUCGCCAACGAUUGAGGGUGUAUCAGACGAUAUAUCUUCAAUCUCAUACAGUCAGCUACGUUUCUAUGUUGGCAGUUUUAAAGGGAAAGCUAAACUGGAUCAUGAUUCAUCUUCUGAGAACUGCAGGUGGACUGUGGGCCAACGUUAUCUCAAAGUUCCUGUUCGUCAACGUUUCAAAACGCCUGUCUCCUUCGAAUUACGAUCAGGAGUGGGUAAUCGUUCCAAGAUUUACGGAAUAUUUUGGUUAAUGACUUUGCUGGACAAUGAAUCCUCAGAGAUUGAAGUCCCUCUCUUUACAGUAAAAGACCCACGUCGUAUUCUACAAAACAUGGUAGAUAUUGAAACCGCAGAACAAACGAUGGGAGUUAAAGUUCGGGGGUACCUUCGCAUGAAAGUUUGCUUCACUCGCGGGCUAAGUGAUGUUCAUGAGCAAACGCUCACCACAUCUGAUGAAUUCAAAACUUAUGAAACGUUUACGGCGUUAAAAGGACAGAAAAUGCGUCAAGAUUUUGUGAACGAUAUGACCAAUCCCGUGCAAGAGUACUUUAGCAAAUCACGGCGCCAGAGUGUGGCUUCAAAUUUCACCGCGUCGUCUAAUGACACUUUUGCAUCGCCUGUACAUCAACAGAACCUACAACCUGCAAACGCAAACUUGCUGCAACAAACAACCUAUCAGAAUGGAGAUUCUAAUUUGGCAAACGAAUUAACAGAGCUUGGUACCCUAUAUCAAGUCCCAGAUGCAUCUGCAGAAAAGCAUCAGGAAUCUCCUAAGGUACAGCACAAUUUGAAUCCUCAAGCGCCUGCUAAUCGUGCUAGUAAUGUUCCAUCGGGAGACGCGCUCAAUGAUGCCAAUGCACGCCGUUCGGAAACGAGCCCCUCAAACACGAAUCACUCAAUUGAUGAGGAUAUGGACACAGAUGUCAGUUUUGAGAGUGAAAACGAACGUAUUUCAGACGGCAGUGUUUAUAGGCAUGAAGAUGACCUCAGUGUCCAAAGACGUCUGCAUCGCGGUAGAUACAGCCAUAAAAGUGUUCGUACGUCGCUGUGGCUAAGAGACGGAUUAAAAUUACAUUGGCAUAGUUUCAAGCGACUUUUUUCCCUUGCUGGUGAUCAGCCAGAUGUGGAGACCGAAAUUCCAAAGUAAUAGGUGCUACGCUGAACACUGUGUAUAACUUUUAUUUAAUGAAUAAUUUAAAGGAUGACUAAAAUCAACUAUAAAGACAAAA